AUGCGAAAGCAAUUACUGAGAAAUUUCGGUUUGCUAUUUCAUACUUAUCUUCAAAUAGCUGGCAGCUCAGCAUCACCGACAGCUACGUUCGCCAGUGAGCCGAAGUCGGAAUUCAGCGGCUACGUUUGUGAUGGCAAUUAUUUCAGCAAUGAACACAUUACACGAAAAAUCAAUACAGCCUGGUUUGGAUUAUUUAACGGCAAACCAGGCAGUGGUGUAGUAUCGCACUUUGAAGAUACUCGGAUUUUCUGUGGCACUUCUAAACCACUUUUCGCCGGGCCUGUUCCCAUUGAUCACUAUAUACCAGGUAGAGACAAUGUAGAAAAUAUCCGAGUUAUCUUUGACAUUGAAAGAAAUUUGGUCGGCCUUGUAAUGAUCCACGACACUGACAUCCGCCUUUGUCGUGAAAUUUUGGACUCCACCGCUUCAGCUGAUUUCAACCCAAAUUUACACGCUUUACUUGGAUACAAAUGUGGCCAUCAGAUUUAUGAGCUAGAGUACAUUGAAAAAUCCUACAAUGCAGCCCGCGCAGAGCUGCAGGAACAUGGACUCCAACAACCACGCAUGUUUCCAAUGUUGAGAAACAAAAUUGGCUCUAUUUAUCAUAAUUUCAUAAUAUGGCCUCUUUUGAUAAGCAGAAUAGUUUUUGAAAAUGGCGAUUUACGUGGCAGGGACUUUAUCGCAUUUCAAGAUGGUCUUCAUUCUCUAAGUGUAUUUCAUACCGAGGAUAACGUAGAUAAUAUCUGUCCACUCAUAUGGACGAACAUUACGCCAUUUCAUUCUACCCCAGGGUUCUUGAAAAAACACUUCGUGGCUCCCGGAAACAACGAAAGAGAAAUUGACUGCUAUGGUGAAGUGUUUAAACACGAUUACAUCAUAAAUAACAUAAAAAUUGUCAUCAAGACUCACAAGUAUCAACUAGAGAACAAACUAGACUUUAAGUAUCCAAUGCAUACCGGGAAAAGCCCUACUAAAUUCAAAUCAAAAGGCUGGUUGUGGCCACUGCAAACUCAAGAGAAACCCCGUGGAGUGCCCCGAUCAGAAUUUCAAUAUUUUUUGCACGUGGAUGAAUUAUUUCAAUACCUCGGGGUUUACUAUAUGAAAAACUCCAACUAUUUACUGUGUAUUCCUCGAAUCCUCGAAAAAUUCUCUAAUUUUACGCCUCAGUACUGUGAACUAUAG